AUGGAUUGUAUCAGUGGAUCCAACUUCUAUGUGCUCACCUUGGCCUCGCUUCCUCAUUCGUCGACAUCGUUUACCUUCCAAAGGAAGUGGAACCUCGUCGUCCUUCAAAACGAAGUGAAUAUCACACUUCUUGGUAUUAGCAUUUUUAACGUCAUCCAACAAUCACUGCUCUACUUACCCUGUACACCAGAGAGGAGGAUGCUGAAAUGA